AUGAACGACCUUGUCGUCGACAAGCCACGUCACCACCUCCCUCCCCCCUUUUCCUGCCGACGAUCUCUCAGGCGCACUCAAUGGCUCGCCUUUAGCCUUGAUUCUCUCCUUGGCCAAGACACUCACUUCCACCCGACAGGCGCCCAGAUCAUUCCCCCCUCUCUCAAGAGGAUGGCUUCCCAUACAUGCAACUACCGCACGUCGGCUCAGUACAGCGGAUCGACGGAUGGCUACGUCAAACCCCGCCGCACCCACAGGAAAUCUGGCAACAGGCGCAAGGGGUGCAAGUGCCGUCACGUCACGGGCGACGAGACGCGCCCAACCUGCGUUGACAACGCGACCGUUGACCACCACUAUUCCUUUCUCGAGUUCCUGCUCGCCUCCGCCUCCGCCUCUGCCCCGUCCACCGUCGGCGUCGACGGCCACUAG